AUGUUCGAUUCCAGGAGGCUAGGCCGAGCCAACUUCUCCUUCUCCGUCUUAUCCAUCAUCUCCUUCACUGCGUUUUUAUCAGUCGUUUUAGUCGCCAACUGCUUCAUCUCCAGUCUUUCCUUCCCUAUUACUCGCUCCAAGCCUCAAAAAUCGAGCUCAAUUUCAACCCGUGUACAUGAAGCCCUGCUUUCAGUGAAGGAAGAGGUUCAAGAAGCUUAUGUGGAAGACUACAGGCAAUCGGGGCCUCCUCUGGAUGCCACCAAUCAAGGAAGAAUUGCCUGGUUCAAGAAACACUUGCCGGAGCUGGAGGUUUUCGAGCCAACCCCACUGGCCGGCCGAUUUGACGGCCGAGUCCGGGAGUUUCUCGGCAGUGUUCACUGCAGUACCCAGUUCUUCAUGACAUGGAUAUCUCCUGCGAGGUUUUUCCGGGAAAGAGAGUUUCUUGCUGUGGAAAGCCUAUUCAAAGCCCACCCACAUGGCUGCUUGGUGAUUUUGUCCAGUUCUAUGGACUCUGCUCGUGGCUACCGGAUCCUGAAACCGGUGCUCGAUCGCGGUUUUCAGGUUCUCGCCGCCACGCCGGACUUGCCCUUCUUGUUCAAGGACACGCCAGCCGAGUCCUGGUUCGAUGAAAUCAAGAAAGGAAACAAGGAUCCCGGCGAAAUUUCAUUGGCACAGAACCUGUCGAAUUUGAUCAGACUAGCAGCCCUGUACAAGUACGGAGGUGUAUAUUUGGACACUGAUUUCAUAGUCUUGAGGGACUUUUCGGGUUUGAGGAACUCGAUUGGAGCUCAGAGCGUCAAUCUUUUCGGCAACUGGACAAGAUUGAACAAUGCAGUGCUGGUUUUUGAUCGGAAUCAUCCACUUUUGUACAAGUUCAUGGAGGAAUUUGCUUCCACCUUUGAUGGAAACAAAUGGGGACACAAUGGACCCUACUUGGUUUCUCGGGUGGUCCAGAGAAUGGCUGGAAAAGUCGAUAGUAACUUCACUGUUUUGCCGCCUAUGGCAUUCUACCCGGUGGACUGGACCCGAAUAGCAGGCCUUUUUGAGAGGCCAGCUAGCCGGGUUCAUGCCAAGUGGGUUGAAGCGAAGCUCGUUCAGCUAACCGGGGCGAGCUACGGGUUGCACCUGUGGAACCGGCGGAGCGGCAGGUUGAGGAUUGAAGAGGGCAGCAUCAUAGGAAGAUUGGCCUCCAAGAACUGUGUCAUUUGCAACAACAUUUACAGUUCUUAGACAAGCACCCAAAGCUCAGAGGCAAAUUCUUCUCAACUAGCUGCAAAAUUCUUUUAUGCAGGUAAAAAGUUGGGAUUUUUAGAGGAUCCCAAUACAGUGACUAGAAAACUGUUGCUAAUUUGCCGAUCUCACGCAAGUUGGAAAAUGUACAUGUCAACUAUUCAUUCGUUCAAGUGCCAUAAAAACAACAAUUAUCAUGCCUUAA